CCCUGCACGAGCAGCCCUCACUGCUACCUCUGCCCAGCGCAGGAUCCAGGCUAGACAACAGAGCCUCCAGCCCUUUCCUGACAGAAUCCCGGGCUGCUGGACGGAGGUGCCAGCUCUGACCUCUGCUCCAUUGGCUGGACGCGGGGCCGUCUCCUGUCCUAUGUUUGUGCUUUCCCUAGCUCUGGGCUUUGCUCUUCCUCAGGGCUUGCCGGUUCCUCAGAAGAUGCCUGCUCCAGGGCUAAGCCGUUCAGUAGAUCCCUCUCUCCCUCCUCUCCUAACUGACAUCCCCGAGGCCAGGGUUAGCCUGCUGUACAGCGUGGACUCGUGUCUGCAGCUGGCAGCCAGGCAGAACAUCAACCUCAUCUUGCAGCACUACAAUUACACGGGGAAGCUGGGCAGACGGCGGCCCCAGGAGGACAAGAUGGGCCUCCUCAAGGUGGCCUUCAUCGCCAUUAGCUGCCUCAUUGUGGUGGAGAACCUGCUGGUGCUGAUAGCCAUCGUGAGGAGCCUGCAUGCCCGCCGGUGGGUCUACUCCUGCAUCGCCAGCAUCACGGUGAGCGACCUGCUGGCCGGGGUGGCCUAUAUCUGCAACAUCUGCCUGUCGGGCAGCCGGACCUUCCAGCUGACACCUGAGCUGUGGUUCCUCCGGGAGGGCGUCCUCUUCAUCGCCCUGGCCGCCUCCACCUUCAGCCUGCUGGUGACGGCCAUCGAGCGCUACAGCACCAUGGUGAGGCCCAUUGCCGAGAACGAGGCCAGCAAGACCUUACGCCUGCGCAGUCUCAUCGUCUCCUGCUGGGCCUUGGCCAUCCUCAUUGGGAUGCUGCCUCUGCUGGGCUGGAACUGCCUGUGUGACUUCCCCAGCUGCUCCACCCUCCUGCCCCUCUACUCCAAGAACUACGUCCUCUUCUGCGUGGCCAUGUUCAGUAUGAUCCUGCUGGGCAUCAUCGGCCUCUACGCCUCUAUCUACCGCCUGGUCUGGGCCAGCUCCCAGCAGGCCGUCACCCGCCACAGCCGCAAUAGGUCCCUGCGGCUGCUCAAGACCGUCCUGAUGAUACUGGGGGCCUUCAUUCUCUGCUGGAGCCCGCUCUUCGGCUUGCUGCUCCUCGACGUCUUCUGCGAGUCCCAGACCUGCAAGCCCCUGCAGGGCAUGGACUGGGCCCUGGCCCUGGCAUUGCUCAACUCAGCCAUCAACCCCCUCAUCUACUCCUUCCGCAGCCUGGAGGUGCGCCGGGCCGUGCUGUGCUUCGUCUGCUGCUGCUGCAUCCGCCUCGGGCUCCAUGGGCCCGGGGACUGCUUGCUCAUGGCCGACAUCAACUCGGGAUCCUCGACCGAGAGCUCCCUGCGGACUCGCGAGAGCCUCCGCCGGACUCGCGACAGCUUCCGCCGCUCCGUGGUGCUCAACGCCCGGGCCCGGCCUAGGGAGCCUCUCUCCAGCAACUCCAGCAUGAUGAGUAACCUUGCCAGUAACUGAGGGGAUGGCGGCCGGCUCCAGGAGGGGGCCUGCCCAUGGGGACUUGCCCUCGUGCCCGGGAUUGGGUGUCAGGAGUAAGGUCUGGCAACUGCUCCCACUCGGGCUCCUGAUAGCCUCAUGGGAACAGGUGGGCUGGGUCAGCUAGCCCGCCUCACGGACCGCCCCACCCGAUUGACGGAAGAAGCCAGCAGGCUUGCUCUUACGCCCAGAAGCAGCAGCAUGAAUUAUGCUGGCUGCUCAAAACAUUUCCCACGGCUUCUGCCCUGCCUCCCUCCCUCCCUCCAGAUAACCUGGUUCUGAUUCCCGACGUCUGACUCUGAUUCCGAUCCUGGGCUCUGACUCCAGCUGUGACCCUGGGUUCUGGCCUCUAAUGCCAGCUGCUCUAACCACUAGGCAAGGCCGCCCAUAUAUCCUGGUCCCUGACACUGGGCACUUGCUUUGAGAAGCGGGUGGGGGAGGCAUAAAAGAGAGGACUGCAGAGAACUAGAUGUCGGUGGAUCCGGUGCCGGAAGUCGUAUGACACCCCUAAGACUUGGGUUCAGCACAGCCUAAGGCUGAGCAGGGCAGUGAGCUCAGGGCAGCUGUAUGGGACUGAGACAAAGUCAUUCCUCGUCCAAUGUGUGUGCCAGCAAGUACCAGCUGGGCUAUUGUUUCAGUGUGUCUGGGGGGUGCGUGGAGUUAUGGGCUGGACGCUGCGUCUGGGUGUAGGCCAGGGGUAGGCAACCUAUGGCACGCGCACCGAAGGCGGCACGCGAGCUGAUUUUCAGUGGCACUCACACUGCCUGGGUCCUGGCCACCGGUCCGGGGGGCUCUGCAUUUGAAUUUAAUUUUAAAGGAAGC